UGGCUGUCCCCAUUGAAUGAUUAUACACUUGAGCAAACAAAUCCUUUAACAUGGCUUCUAUUUUAAAACAUUGGCGGGAGGCAGCUACUCUGAUUAUUGCUGCCAAAUCGAAGAACAUUGCAAACAGAUACUCUUAUGAAAUUUUAAUGUUGAAAAGAAGUGGUAAAAGCAAAUUUUUGCCAAGCGUGAGUGUGUUUCCAGGGGGCGUGGCAGAAGAUGCUGACUUUUCCCCAGAAUGGGUGGAUGUUUUUUCCUCUCUUGACAAUGAUAUAUGGUCCAAGACAUUUGCUCAUUUUGCAAAUGUUGGCCAAGGUCCUCCAAUGUUUAGCAGACAAAGGGAUGAACAUUUUUCGAAAAUCCCUAGUGAAGUUGCCUUUAGAAUCUGUGCUAUAAGAGAGACAUUCGAAGAAUGUGGAAUAUUACUCACCAGAUCUUCAAAUGACAAUAAAAUAAAUACCCUAACAGAGCCAUCAAAUGUAGCAAAGGAUUUUGGCAAAAUUGGUAAUAUUGGUAUUUCUGAUUCUGAGAUAUGGAGGGAGAAGGUAGAUAAAGAUGCAACACAAUUCAUCAAAAUGUGUCAAGAAUUUAAUAUGGUUCCUGACAUAUGGUCAUUAACAGAAUGGUCAAACUGGUUGACACCUGUCACUGUGGCAAGAAAAUCUUCUGGAACUGAUGAAGGUUCUAAGAGAAGAUAUGAUACUGCAUUCUUUCUUUGUUUAUUGGAUACUAUACCAGAUGCUGUUCAUGAUGACAAAGAAACAGUACAUUUACAGUGGUCUCCACCAGAUGAGUUGAUUAAAAGUUAUUUAGAAUCUAAAGUUAAACUUGCUCCACCACAGAUCUAUGAAAUAUGUAGAUUUCUAAACUUUAAAGAUAUGGAGGAGAUGAAUGCAUUAUGUCUGACCAGAAUUGACAAGAGAGUAACGAGAAAAUUUCCAGUACCUGUUGUCUGUGAUGAUGGAAUCUUUAUUAUAUAUCCAGGGGAUGAUCUUUACCCAAAGGAUCCAGAUAUCUAUGGUGCUAAGGAACCACUCAUUAUACCAGGAACUUUGAGUGAAAUUCAUCAGAAAUAUCCAAUUCAUACUCGUUAUGUACAGAAAGACAAAGAAAGUCACGGAGAUUUUGUAUAUGAUGUUAAAAUCCUGUGUAAUGUGAUUCAAGGCGAUUGAAAUGUUAUUCCUAUAACAGAUUUGUCUUUCAUUGGAAUGCCUAGGGCAAGAAUUUUAAGACUAGUAUAAUAAGGGAAUCAGUGUAAGGGAUCAUAUACAUAUAAGGAUAAUUUACAUUAAAAAUUUGAUGUGAUAGAUAUGUAUAUAUAUUAAAAUUCAGAUUUAAGUAUUCAUAUGAAUAUUAUUAAGCAGCAUUAAGAUAUUUCAAAGAGAUAUGAAAUAUAAGUGUUCAAUUUACAGUAUUAUAAUUACUGUUAACCAACUAAUUUUCGCGAUCAAUUUAUUUUUGCGACUUUCGCGAGAAGAAAAAUAUCGCGAUUAUAAAUCGGUAAAUAUAAGGUAAAUUUGAGAAUCGCGAAAUUAAUUUGCCGCAAAAUGGGAUAGAAAGGGUUUAACGCAAAAUAAAGUAUUCACGAAAAUAACUUGGUAUACAGCAUUACAGCUGGUUUUAUACCACUUUUGUUAAUAUACUUUAAAGAAACAUUAUUUAUAAUUUAUGAAGUAUAUGUUAUUGGGUGAUAUUUUGAAUUUUUAUGAAAUUUUG